AUGGAAAAUGUUGUGCCAACCUCAAAUGCAGAAGUGCAAUACAAAGAAAUCUUCCAUUCUACCAGAGAUAAUCAGUAUCUAAAAGUCUCAAGUCUGCUCGAAUCCUGCAACAAUCAAUCCACAAACAUUACAGGCAAAUUCAAUAAAAACAAAACACUCCUGCCUUCUGUAGACGAGGAAGAAUUAGUGUAUAGUAAUCUUCGUCAAAAUCAAGUUGGUGCAGAGGAGUCAAAUACCGCAGCAAUAAAUGUUGCCAGUUUGACUUGGUCGCCCUUGCACGACGCAGCAUACAACGGGAAAACAGCAACAGUUACAAAGUUGCUAAUUAUGGGUGCAAAGAUAGAUUCCGUAAGUAAAGACAAGUUGACACCACUCCAUUUUGGGGCUAUGAAUGGAUUUAAAGAUGUGGUUCAGUUACUGGUCGAUAGUGGAGCAAAUAUUGAAGCUAUCAAUAACAAAGGACAGACGCCCUUGUAUAUUGCAGCUAAACAUGGCCAAUUUGACGUAGUUCAAAUUCUGAUUGACAAAGGCGCCAAUAUAAAUGCUCUUGCCAAAAGAAAUUGUACAUCUUUACACAUAGCAGCUCUACAUGGUUACUUAGAUGUUAUCCAACUUCUGAAUACUGAAGGCGCUGAUAUUAAUGCUGUUACUGAAGCAGGAUUGACGACUUUACACAUAGCAGCUGAAAAUGGCCACAUGAAAGUUGUCCAGUUCUUGAUUAGUAAGGGCGCUAAUGUCAAUGGUGUUUCUGAAAAAAACUGGACUCCAUUGCACCUUGCUGCAAAUAAGGGCCACUUAGACGUAGUGCACAUUUUAAUCAGUGAAGGUGCUAAAGUCAAUGGUGUUUUAGAAGAUAAUUGGACUCCUCUACAUAUUGCAGCUGAAAAAGGCCACUUGGAUGUUGUCGAACUAUUGGUUAACUAUGGCGCCGAUGUAAACGCUGUUGCUGACAAUAAUUGGACUCCAUCACACUUGGCCGCAGAAAAUAGCCACAUCGAAGCCAUAAGAGACAACGAUUUGACAGAAGUCCAAAGUCUGUUCUACUCCUGUGACAUUCAACCAAAAAACAUUACAGAUAAAACCGAUAAAAACAACACACUCCUACAUUGUGCCGUGGAAGAAAAUAGGUAUGAAAUAGUCCAGGAGCUAUUAUUGAAAACGUGGGAAAUAAAUAUAAAUGCACAGAAUGACGAUGGUGACACUGCCCUGCACCUUUGUGCCAAGAACAACUACGAUCGACUUAUACAUUUGCUCCUGAAGAACGGAGCGGUCAGUGAUGUUGUCAACAAGGAAGGUCUAACAUUUCUGAAUAUUCUUAGGAGGCUGGUGAUUCGAACAGGAAUCUACAGAAGCAACCAGCAGGUUGAGAUAAUGCAUCAAGUAGUUACAGGGCAAAGCGAGGAGCAGAAAAUAACAAAAGUUGAUCCAAUGCAUACAAAGGAUAAUAAGAAGCGAAGAGUAUCUCCGCAAAUAUUGGACAGGAAUGCUAAAAUAAACAAAAUUGCUAAUAAGAAUUGGUCGCUUUUGCACAUCGCAGCAUAUAACGGAGAAAUAGCAAGGGUUCGAUACCUGUUAGGCCUUGGUGCCAAAAUAGAUGCCGAAAGUAAGGACAAGUUGACGCCACUCCAUUGCGCGACCAAAAAUGGAUUUCAAAAUGUAGUUCAGAUGUUAAUCGACAGGGGAGCGAACAUUGAAGCUGCCAGUAAUAAAUACCUAACUGCUUUACACGUCGCAACUAAUAAAGGUCACUUGGAUGUACUCGAAGUAUUAAUUAGUAAGGGCGCCAAUAUUAAUGCUGGUUCUAUAGGACAAAUCACUUCAUUGCAUAUUGCUUCUAUAAAUGGAAACUUGGAUGUAGUAGAAUUUUUGAUUAGUAAAGGCGCCGAUCUUAAUGCUGUUACUAAAAUAUUUCCUCUCUCUUGCUUUUAUACUUCCCAAAAUGGUUACUUUGAUAUAUUCAAAUACUCGAUGAUGAAAGGUAGCAAUACUAUUAGUGAGCAUGGGACUCCAUUACACUAUGCAUCUCGACAUGGUCAUUUAGAGGUAGUGCAAUGCCUGAUUAAUAAGGGUAUAAAUAUUAAUGCUGUUGAUAUAGAAAAUUUGACUCCAUUGCAUUGGGCCUCUGAAAAUGGUCAGUUGAAGGUUGUGCAGUACCUGAUUAGUAAAGGCGCCAAUGUCAAUGCAUAUAGCAAAAGAAUAUACACUUCGAUAUAUAUUGCAGCUCAACAUGGUCACUUGGAGGUAGUGCAAUUUCUAGUUAGUGAAGGCGCCAAAGUCAAUUUUGUAACUAAAGAAAAUUGGACUCCAUUGCAUAUUGCAUCUGAAAAUGGUCACUUGGAGGUAGUGCAGUUUCUUAUCAGUAAAGGCGCCAAUGUUCAUGCUGAUAGUAUUACAAAUUCGACUCCAUUGCACUUAGCUGCUGAAAAAGGUCACUUGGAGGUAGUGCAGUUUCUGACUAGUAAUGGCGCCAAUGUCAAUGACACAACUAACACAAAUUGGACACCACUGCACUUAGCUGCUAGAAAAGGUCACUUGGAGGUAGUGCAGUUUCUGGCUAAUAAUGGUGCCAAUGUCAAUGCCGUUACUGAAAGUAGUUGGACUCCAUUACAUAGUGCAUCUCAAAAUGGUUGCUUAGAAGUAGUGCAGUUUCUGAUUAGUAAAGCUGCUGAUGUCAAUGCUGUUGACAACAGAACUAGGAGUCCGUUAUAUAUCGCAGCUCAAAUAGGUUAUUUGGAGGUAGUGCAAUUUCUGAUUAGUAAAGGCGCCAAUGUCAAUGCUGGAAGUAAUACAAAAUGGUCUCCAUUGCACGGUGCAUCUCAAUACGGGCACCUGGAAGUAGUGCAGUGUUUGCUUAGUGAAGGAGCCGAUAUCAAUGCCAACAGUUUUAUAAAUUGGACACCACUGCACUGUGCAGCCAAUAAUGACCGCAAAAAUGUUGUCCAACUACUGAUAGACAAAGGUGCAAAUCUUAAUGUCUCAACAAUGGCAAAUAAUCAUCCAACGUCUACUGCAAAAGUGCAACAGGAAGUUAUCUUCCAGGCGAUCAGAGACCACGAUUUAUCAAAGGUCCAAAGCAUGCUCAACUCUUGCUGCAUAGAACCCAAGAGCAUUAGAGACAGUGCCAAAAAGAACAAUACUCUACUUCAUUGCGCCGUGGAAGAAAACUCAGAAAAAAUAGUUCAGGAAUUGCUACUGAAAAAGUGGAAAAUUAAAUUAAAUGAGCAGAAUGACGAUGGUGACACUGCUCUGCACAUUUGCGCCAAAAAGAACUCUGAUCGACUAAUACAUUUGCUCCUGAAAAAAAGAGCAUUCAGCGAUAUUGUCAACAAGAAGGGCAAGACAUUUCUAGAUAUUGUCAAAAGAUCGGAGGAUCAAACGGAAAUCCACAAAUCCAUCCGCCAUGUUGUGAAUGGCUUUGAUAAAUCUAACCAACCGGGGCCAUCUGGUGGAGUUACAGGUGAAAUAAAAAAUCUUUCACUGAUUUGUAAGAACAAAAAAUAUGCUUGA